AUCUUCGGUUACUUUACAGAGUGAGAAUAGAGAGGAAAUGGGAGCCGAGAAAAACAGUUUAAAGGGUGUGGUGAAUGCAAGUGUUAAUCACGAUUUCUUUAGGGUUUGGUAAUUUAUUAGGGUUUAAUUUCGAAUUCGACCAAGAGACGAAAGGCUUACUCAAGUCUGGGAGCUAUUGCAAUGGGUGUAGACUUCUCUAGGUAGUGAAGCGGGAUUAAUAAGAGUCUUGGAACUGUGUAACUGGUGAUGCUCCAAUACUUAAACAAGCCAAGUUCAAGGUUAACUGAGAAGUUGGGGUUUAUUUGAAUUACUUGAAUUGAUAUUUGAAAGGAGAAAUUGUCUUUGUCGAAAUGGAGGAUACGUCGUUUUUCGAUAGAAUGAUCAGCAAUCUUCGCUCAACUAGCAAGUAUUACACUGGUUAUCCAAAGGAUCUUGGGCCUUCUAAAAUUAUUUCCUUCACGUCAGAGCGCGAAUUUGUACAACUUCUGCACGAAGGUCAGCCUGUGGCGGUUGCAUUUACAAUCAAAUGUCCUUUCACCAAGCAUUUUGAUAAAGUAUUGGAGGAAGCUGCAUCGGAGUUUCAUCCACACGUAAAGUUUAUGCGUGUUGAAUGUCCUAAGUAUCCUGGAUUCUGUAUAACUCGUCAGAGGAAAGACUAUCCUUACAUCGAGAUAUUUCAUAGUCCACAACAACAAGCAGCUAACCAAGGAAAGGCUUCUGAUGCAAAUACAACAAAAUAUGCAGUCAAAGUUCUCCCUUUCAAUUACGAUGUUAGUACAUAUGGGUUCAGGGAGUUCUUCAAGCGACAUGGAAUUCAAUCUUCAGAACCAAAAUGAAGAACUUGGGUGUGGAAAAAAUGCUUAUAUUUCCGUGGCAGUUUACUCAUCUUGGAUAAUAUAUUAAGAUUUAAUUACAUUUAAGUCAAGAUUGUCUGUUUUUGAAAACCAAAGUUGUGCUAUUUCAGAUCUGGCACUUGGACCUUUAGCGAACACUGUCUGAUUAACCAGAAAUCCAGUUGUAUAAUAAAUCAGGAAUACAAACGGCUGUGCAAAUUGAAGUCCAUAUAACUGGAGUAUGUCCCAGCAGAGCAACAUCAUGAACCCCGUUACGGAAGGAAUAGAAAUGACGAGAAAGAAGCUAAAACAACUCGAGAACAUAGGCAAUUUGUUUUUGGUGCCACCACAUUUCUGUUCAACAACCCGUGGUUGAUGACUUGUUUCGAGUGUAUGCUUUUUUCUUCUUCUUCUCCGUCUUGUUUUCUCAUUUUUACAUGUAUGUCAUUUCUGUAGUUUCAACAUUAUGUUUGCUUCUGGAAAGUACAAUAGUUCUACCAUGUUAUCAAAUACGCCAUAAAAAUAAUAACUUAUACAGGAAAGAUCAUUAAUGGAGAUCCAACUCAUUUAGGUUUGCUUU